GGGGCGCGUCCCCGCCCGAGGCCCCGCCCCCAGCAGGCUAGGCUGCGCGGGGCUGCGGGCUCAGCGGGCAGGUGCCGCGGGCUGCGGGCAGGUGGCGGCGCGGCGCGGGCUGGCGGUGGCUCCACGACCUGCUGAAACUCAGCCUGCUGGGACGAGUCUGCUUUCCCCCCUCCUGUGUCUACCAUGGAAGUGUGUGGACAGCCCCAUUCACGAUGACAUGUGACACCACUGGCUUUCCCCGGCAGUCACACCCCCUGACCCAGGGCCUGCCAGCUUGGCAAUUGCUUCUCCAUUCUCGAUGUUCCUAACCCCCAUGGGUCCACAACCAUAAUCAUGGCCACGCGGGUCGAGGUGGGCUCCAUAACGCCCUUGACGGCCGUGCCAGGCCUGGGUGAGAUUGGCAAGGAGGAGACCCUGACGAGGACCUACUUCCUCCAGGCCGGCGAAGCCUCUGGGGCUCCUCCAGCCCGGAUCUUGGAAGCAAAGAGCCCCCUGCGGAGCCCGGCCCGCUUACUCCCUCUGCCAAGGCUCGCCCCCAAACCCUUCUCGAAGGAGCAGGACGUGAAAUCUCCUGUCCCAUCUCUGCGGCCCAUUUCAACUGGACCUUCUUCCUCUGGGGGGCUCACUGAGGACCCAGCAGCAAAGGAUCUGGACAAGAGGAUGCCUGGCUUGGUGGGACAGGAGGUGGGCAGUGGGGAGGGCCCGAGGACGGGCUCGCCCCUCUUCAACAAGGCUGUGUUCCUGCGGCCCAGCCCCAACACCAUGAUUCUCUUCCAAACCACCAAAAGCGGCCCCACUCUGGGGAAGGUGGUCAAUGAGGGGGCCGAGGAGGCCAAGCCAGGUGUGUCUGGCUCCCGGCCUGAGGUGGCCACCAAGCCUACCCUGCUCAUCCGAAAGCCUGCGGGGACCCUUCCCCGGUCAGGCCCCCUGUCUCAGGACACAAAGUCACCUGUACCCCAAGAGGAGGCAGGCCAAGACCAGCCUCCCUUAAAGGCCAGCAGUGUGGAGGACAUGGCACGCCCCGUUGUGGAGCCCAGGCCUCGCGUGAAGAGGAGGCCCGUGUCUGCCAUUUUCACGGAGUCCAUUCAGCCUCAGAAGCCAGGCCCUGGCGCAGCGGCCACGGUGGGCAAAGUGCCCCCUACCCCUCCCGAGAAGACGUGGGUGAGGAAGCCCAGGCCCUUGUCCAUGGACCUCACGGCCCGGUUUGAGAACAAAGAGGCCUUGCUGAGGAAGGUGGCCGAUGAAGGAAGUGGAGCCCCAGCAGGGGACAUGGCUGGGCUAGAGAGGCCCAGAGCAGCGUCCAAGCUGGACAGGGAGUGUUUGGUCAAGGCGGAGGCUCCUCUUCAUGAUCCUGAUUCGGACUUCCUAGAGGUGGCCAAGAAAAUCCGUGAACAGAAGGAGAAGAUGCUUUCGAAGCCAGAGACGGGCAGCCCCAGAGCCCUGGGGGGCUCAGCCAGGGUCACCCCCAGCAAUGACCAGAGUUCCCGAGAAGAAAGGGCCAAGCUGGACCCAGAGCCAGAGAAGGCUGCUGAGUCCCCCUCGCCCAGGCUGGGAAGGGGCCUAGAACUUGCUGAGGUUAAGAGCAGAGUGGCAGACGGGGAGGCCCCGGCAGGGGGAGAGUGGGCCUCUAGGAGGAGCAUUAGGAAGUGCAUCAACCUGUUUCGGGAGGACAGCACCUUGGCCUUGGCAGUGGGGUCUGAACCCCGCCUGGGCACCCCCACGUCCCCACUGGUGGCACCAGAGCCGGAGAAAGGGGUUGUCAGCGUCCAGGAGCGGAUCAGAGGCUGGACUGCUGAGAGCUCCGAGGCCAAGCCCGAGGUCAGGAGGAGGACGUUCCAGGCUCGGCCAUUGUCGGCGGAUUUGACCAAAUUGUUUUCAAGUUCAGCUUCAAGCAACGAAGUGAAAUAUGAGAAGAGUGCCGAGCUGACCAGCGAGUUUCCUAAGGAACCGAGAGAAAAGCAAAAGGAGGGGCAUGGUUUGGAUGGAAGCCCCUGGAAGCCUGGGACACUCCGGGAGAAGUCCAGGCAGACGGAGCGGAAGGUUAGCUCUAACCAAGACCCGGACAGCUGCCGCGGUGGAAGCUCAGUGGAGGCGCUGUGCCCUUCUGACAUCACUCCAGAAGAUGAUCGGAGCUUCCAGACUGUGUGGGCCACAGUGUUUGAGCACCAUGUGGAGAGACACACAGUGGCUGACCAGUCUGGACAUUGUGUCUCCACCACACCCCCUGGUGACACGGCCAAUGCCCGUGUCUCAGAACCUAGGCCGAGGCCUGAGAUGGGCUCUUGGCUGGGCAGGGACCCGCCGAGGCCUGAGAUGGGCUCUUGGCUGGGCAGGGACCCACUAGACAUGACAAAACUCAAGAAAGAGAAUGCCAGAGGGUUUGACCAUCCCGAGAUGGAGAAACUGGGACGAACCGCCCUUUUGAACGGUGAACUGAGACCGUUUCACACGCCUCUCCGGGAAAAAUAUCCUUUGGCUGAGAACCGCAAUAAUAACACCUUCCUCAAACACUGGGAAAAUCCUCCCCCAUCGCAGAGGAUUGAGCCCAGGUAUGACAUUGUGCAUGCAGUGGGGGAGCGUGUGCACAGCGAGGCCGUCUCACCAGCACCGGAAGAGAAAGCGGUCACACUCCGCAGCCGCAGGUCUUGGCUCUCACUGAAAGACAGGCAGCUGUCCCACGAGGUCACCCCUGCUGACCUGGAGUGUGGUUUGGAAGGUCAGGCAGGGUCCGUCCAAAGGGCCAGUUUGAUUUGGGAAGCUCGAGGCAUGCCUGAGGCUAGUGGGCCGAAGUCUGGGGGCAAUUGCCCGUCGCCCAAAUGGACAGGCGGGGCGGUGGUGAGCUCGCACAAAGCCACCGUGGGGGUCAGCGAAGAGCACUGUGCUCCUGGGGCCACCUCUGUCCGGGUUGUCAAGGCUGCCGUCUGGGAAAGCCAGCAUGAGGGGCCAGAAGGGGCCAGAAGCAAGCCAGGAGAGGGAGCAAGGGGCCCACCCCAGGGAUGCCCCUUAGAUCCUCCUUCCAGACCUUCGAAUGAGCCUUCUGACUCCCAAGCACGAACACAUCCAGAUGCAUUUGCUGUGCAGAAAGGGCCCUUCGUUGUAGCUGCCAGGGAGGGUGAUCCAAGGCCGGCCCAGGUGCCACAGCUUGCAGUCAAAAUGCGGAAAGCCAACCCCAUGGACCAGAGAAUGGACAGAUGGCGGCGGCGGACUUUACCCCCCAACGUGAAGUUUGAUACAUUCAGUUCUCUCGUCCCAGAGGACUCUCCACGUGUGGGGCACAGACGAAUAGAUUAUGUGAGCCCCACAGCCAGUGCCUUAAGAAAACCUCAACUAUCCCACUACAUGGUGGAGACCCAGGAGGUGAACCCAGGCGCUUCACGGGAUCAGACCUCCCCAGCAGUGAAGCAAGGGUCACCUGUGGAACCCAAGGCGACAUUUUUUGCAGUCACCUAUCAGCUUCCCAAUACUCAAAAGGCAAAGGGUGUGGUUCUGUCAGGGGCUGAAAACUUGCUGGAACAUUCUAGAAAAAUCACUCCACCCCCAUCUCCUCAUUCUUUAACAUCCACUUUGGUUUCUCUUGGUCAUGAAGAGGCACUGGAGAUGGCAGGCAGUAAAAACUGGAGGAAGGGACGAGAGCAUGAAAAUGCAAGCAUUUUAAAAACUCUGAAGCCAACAGACUGUCCAUCAUCUCUUGGGGCCAGGAGUCUGGAGCCUUUCACUGGAAGAAUCAUUGAUGUGGAUGCCUUAUGGAGUCAUCGGGGAUCAGAAGAUGGCCCUCGUCCUCAAAACGAUUGGAAGGAAAGUGCGAACAAGAUUUCCCCCAGCGGUGAAGCUCCCCAAACCACCCCAACUCUGAGGAGUCGCCCAAAAGAUCUCCCUGUGAGAAGGAAGACUGAUGUGAUCAGUGAGACGUUCCCAGGUAAAAUCAGAGACGGGUACAGAUCCAGCGUUCUUGACAUUGACGCCCUGAUGGCUGAGUACCAGGAGCUGUCGCUGAAAGUCCCUGGGGAGGCUCAGGAGAGGAGGAGGAGUCCCACAGCAGAGUCCAGUACAUUGCCUCGGGAGAGGCCUGUUCAGCCAGGUGGGGUGGAGCAGAGGAGGAGGAGCCUGAAGGAGGUGCCCGAUACCGGGGGUCUCUGGAAACUGGCCAGCUCUGCCGAAAUAAACCACAGUUUCACUCCUGGCUUAGGCAAGCAGCCAGCAGAGACCUCGGAGACAGCCAUGGGCACCAAAUCUAGUCCUCCCUUCUGGGCUCUGCCACCCUCGGCUCCUUCUGAAAAGUAUCCAGGGAGGGGCUCUCCUAUCUCUGCGGAUCCCAGGAAAAAAACCUUGGGGUUCGCUGAGGAUGACAGAAAGGCCUUUGCCAGUAAACAUCACGUUGCAAAGUGUCAGAAUUACCUGGCUGAAUCAAAGCCCUCUGCUCGGGAGGAUCCAGGCAGUGGGGUCAGAGUGUCACCCAAAUCGCCCCCCACUGACCAGAAGAAAGGGACCCCAAGGAAAUCCACCGGGCGGGGAGAGGAGGGCAGUGUGGCCCAGUGGGUUGACUACCCACGUGACUGUGGACGGGUGCCGCUGGAUAUCAAGAGGACCUACUCAGAGAAGGGGCCCCCUGCCAACAUCCGAGAGGGCCUGUCCAUCAUGCAUGAAGCCAGAGAGAGGAGGCGAGAGCAGUCCAAAGGGAGGCCCAGCCUUACUGGAGAGAAUUUGGAGGCCAAAAUGGGACCCUGUUGGUGGGAGUCAGGGACUGGAGAUAGCCACAAGGUGCUGCCACGGGACCUGGAGAAGGAGGAUGCCCCCCAGGAGAAGGAGCGACCGCUCCAGCAGGUGUCCCCUGUGGCCUCGGUUCCCCGGAGAAGCCACAGCUUCUGUAAGGACAGGAGGAGCGGUCCCUUUGUGGACCAGCUGAAGCAGUGUUUCUCCCGGCGGCCCACUGAACCUAAGGAUGCUGACACUUUUGACCCCGGGCCAGUGGAGCUGGAGUGUGGACUUGGGUGCACCCUGGGUGGGCGCUCCCUGUUGUCCCGCGCAGAGACAGCCUCGCAGCUUCCCUCCUCUGGCCACCCCAGGAGCAUGGCACUCCCAGCUUUGGACAGUGGUGCCACCUGCUGUCUCUCGAUGGGUUGUCAGAGUGGCAUGCCGUGCGCUGAGCACACUACAGAUGGUGGCUUUUCAGCGAAAGAGAAUGUGAUUCUGUGGGUUUGGGUGGUGAUUCCAUCUUGGGGGUCGAGGGUGGCUGCUUGGAAUGCCAGAUUGACAUCUGACUUUUCUCAGCCCCCACGUUUCCUGUCUGGCUUUAUUCCGACUCAGGGGGCCCCGAGUGUUUGCAGAAGGCUCCUCGUACCUGAGGUUGCCAUGGGAGGGGGCCCUUCCCCAGACAAAGGGCGGUUUACAGACUCAGCUCUCUUCUCUCCCCAGGCUCAGCUGCACAAGAGGCCAGAGGUGGACAGUCCUGGCGAGUCCCCCAGCUGGGCACCCCAGCCCAAGAGCCCCAAGUCCCCUUUCCAGCCUGGGGUGCUGGGCAGUCGCGUGCUGCCUUCCAGCAUGGACAAGGAUGAGAGGUCGGAUGAACCCUCUCCCCAGUGGCUAAAGGAAUUGAAAUCCAAGAAGAGGCAAAGUCUUCAUGAGAACCAAGUUUGACCAGGCAGGGAACCCUGCUACGUCUACUGAACAGAAGCCUUAACCGUCAGAACCCGCAGACGGGGCCGAGCUGCUGCCGUUUCUUCCUGCACAAUGCUUACGUGCCUGGGCCCUUCCCGUUGGAUUGAGAAUGCUAUCCAGUGCCCCCGUCCUCGCCAGGCUCUCCCUGGAUCCAGACGGGAAGACCCAACCUCCAGGAGCACUCGCUCAUCUCCCCAGACAGCACUUCAGGCUGGGAAAGGAGCCAGGCUGCCCAGAAAUGUCUACGUGGGUGGUUUUGCUUUUUAUGUAAAAAUGUGUAUUUCUACCUACUUUAGACACCUUCAUCAGCCCCAAGAACAUCAGCACGAGGCUGGAAUUGCCUCCCCAGGUUCUGAAAAACACCUGAAUUUGUGAAAGGACCUCCUCAGCCGACCCAGGGCAGGUCUUUUUUGGGAAGGACAUUUCCAAGGAAGAUCACACUGUUCAUUUCCUGCUGUAGUCUCGAUGCAAGGCAUUACCGCCGAGUUGAGGGGUUUUAUUCUUUUUUUGGGGGUGAGUUCCUUCUUCCCCUCGAGGAAUCAGCAAGUCCAAUUUUUAAACGUACCCUCCCUUAUUGUGUGUAUUUCUCUUUCUAGUGGGGCUGUGCGCGUCACUGGCCUACGUUAUUGUAUGUCAUUUUUGUUGGCUUUAGAAGGCGAUAAAGCAAUAAUUCAGCUAAUUUUCUUUGAAACUUGAUAUGUAUGUAUGUGUUUACGUUAAGGGACAGGAGGAAAGAUGUGUGAAUAAUUUGUUCUGAAGUAUCCAGUCACCUCAGGUUAUCUUAUCCCUAUCCAAGCUGUUUAGAAGUUAUAAUUGUCGCUCUUGUAUGUAUUUCCCUGGCUUCUUUUCAUUUGAGCUCUGGUUUCUGUAGGAUGACCUUUGCCCCUUGGCCUUAAGGGUUCGUAAACUGCAGCCCAAGUGGUGGUGCCUUUACCACUGAAUCAUCAGACCUGCCCUAGGAAUCUUUUUCUCCAGAGUCUUCUUUGAACAUGACCUGGGCUGCUGGCAUGGAGGAGUUGUUCCAAACUGGCCUCAGAACAGAUGCGUGAAUGAAGGGUACUUUUUCUUUUGCUUACCUCAUUUUCCCUCAUUGAACUCCACCUGACCAAGUGCUUGUUUUGGUCCAAAUGUGGGUCUUGCUGAAAGCCCUUCUCUGGAGGGGAGCUCCCCAGCGAAGGACUCUGGACAGAAAUGCUGGGUGCUAGAUGACAAAUCAUAAAGCUGGCCCUGCCUCCCUUUUUUCUUGCUAGCGAUCAGCUCAUUCCGGGGAAUCCCCAAGACCUCUGGGGGCUCCAGACACUCUCUACCUUGUCUUUGUUUUUAGAAAUGCCCAACACCAGACUCUUCCACUUCUGAGUCCUAAGGCUCUAGCAGAUACCCAGAUGUGCUUGGCUGGCCACCUGCCAUGCCUGGACUUGCCAUAGUCUAUGUGCCAACCUUGCCUGGGAGAUCCCCAUCAUGAGAUGCUUGGGCAAUUCAUAGAGAGCCUGUGGCAUGGGGUGGCGUUUCCUGGUAGAUCCACGCACAGCACUCUGGCUAGAUACGGAAGUGGGGGCCAUGUGUGCCCUCUACUCCCUCCCCACAGUUUCCUGAGAGGUGAAAGUCUUUCUGGAUGAAUCCAUUAUUUGCAAAUGCUGUCAAAACAUGCUUCCCUUUUCCCUGGCUACCUCUCAGGAGUUCAUUUGUCUCUCCAUCUCAGCUUCCUCCUUCAUCUCCCUUUACCCCUCUUCUCUCUCUCAAUGGGUGGAUGGGCAUGGAUAGAAAUCCUCUGUUUCUCUAGGUCAAGACAAACACCUAGGCCCUAGUGAGGCGGUUGUUGUUCAGCACCAGGGACAGCAACUGCAGGGCUGUGAGGCAGGAGCCCACCUGUUCAAUGAGCUUGCUUUGGUUACUGAUGAGCAAUUGCCGGACCAUGCCACCACCCAGCCUUUUACACCUGGGAGCCUCAUGCAUCUGGGUUUGGGCGUUUGGCCCUGCUUGAUGAUAGUUUGUUUUCUCGUCAUUCCCUGAAUUAGUCAUCUAGUCAUCUGUGGCCAUUUGGGGAUUAAUUCCUGCAACUGCUUCAUUUGAAUUCUUUUUUAAAGAUCCAGUUUCUGUUUUAUAAUAAUUUGGAUCUUACGGCUUUCUAAGUCAAUAGGAUCCCCUUUAAAAAAUACCUAGGGUUGUGUUUUGUUUUGUUUUUCUGAGACACGGUCUUGCUCUGUUGCUCAAGUUGGAGUGGAGUGGCACGAUCAUAGCUCACGGAAGCCUCUAACACCUGGGCUCAAGUGAUUCUCCUGCCUUAACCUCUCAGGUAGCUGGGACUAUGGUAUAUGCUACCAUGACCAGCUAAUUUUUUAAUUUUUCUGUAGAGACAAGGAUCUCACCAUGUUGCCCAGGCUGGUCUCAAAAUCCAACUUCUGGGCUCAAGCAAUUCUCCCCCCUCAGCCUCCCAAAGUGCUGGGAUUACAGACAUGAACUACUGCAUCUGGCCUAAAACACAUUCCUAGUCUUUUGAUGCUGACUUCUUAUCUUGGCUGAUGUCUGUCUUUCCUUCAGGUGGAAAGGACCCCUUUGUACCAUCUCAAGCAGUAGGAAAGGAACUGCUCUUACAUAUAUUGAUGCUCCUCAUGAAAACUCUCAAUUCUUAAUUAGUCAUGUCUCAGCUCAAGGAUAUCAGACAGGAAGGAAGCACACUUGAAAAUGAGAUUGACUGGAGAUUUUUUUCCCUAAUCUCUCACACCUUAAUUGGAAAAAUAAUCUAUUUAAUUCUGUGUUAAUUAGGAUAUACAAAGUUCACCCUCCUUGAAAGUGACUAGGGCAAGCCCUGAAGAUCUUCCUCACCUCCUUUUAUUUUUCUGUAACCUUGUCUCCUCCAGCACCGCAGGAUAGACAAUCACAGUGAGUCAAGAAUGACCCUCUUUUGUGCGGGCUCCGCCAUGACCUCUGAACCCUGCUUAUGAGCAGUGCAAUGAAGUUAGAAGUAACUGAUGAUGGGGAGCCUUUGCAGAUAGCUGGCAAGUGGGUAAUUUACUUCUCCCUAUUCUAAAUGGAGUGCGCUGUCUUUGAGGCUAAGCAAGGGGGUGUUGUACGCUAGUUUCUAGACUUUGCUUGGAGACCCCUUUGGAAAUCCGUCUUCUUUUUAAUCUCACUUAACAUGCCUUAAUAAUCCGUGUGCAAUGGAGUCAUCCACUCCUCAUCCAACCCUCCUCCCCGGGGACUUUGACUGUCCUCAAUGAGAGUCUCAUGCAGAAUGGAAAUCCUCCAUAUGUACAAUCUCUCACCCCUCCUCAUUUCUCUUCCUCCUCACCUCCGCCACCCCUUUGCACAUCAGCAUUUUGACAGCUGGUCUUUUGAGAAGCCCGUGUCUUUUUCCUCUUCAGUAGAUACCCUUCUUCAUGGUCUUUUGCCUAAUGAAACAGAAGCCUUUGGCCUUUGAAAAUCCAUGACGAGGCCUCAGAAAUCAGUAUUGUGGAGGAUUACUCCAUGCCACCAGAGACACUCUGGUGAAAGAGAAACUUCGUGGUCUUUAGGAUGUUGGGAUUUUGAGUGGUAGCCUCAGGAUUCAGGGAAAGGACAAUCAGAUGGUGGUGUUUUCCAGGGAGACGAGCCAAAUCACGUGGUUUCAGACACUUGUGUUUUCCUUUGUGCCUCCCUGGAAGGGAGGCCAACUUAAGGGUAUCACCAAGAAGCCAGAACUGAAAUAGGCAUGAGCCUGUGGUUGUCAACUUUACAGGCUGGGCAAGGGAUUUAGAAAGACCCUUAGCGUGAUUUUCCUAAAAGAGACCUCAGCUGCUCUGACCUGGUGCUGAUAGGUGCUUUGUUGAUCUAUGCUUUAAUAUUUUUCUUUAUAAUAUGUCCCCAGAUGGCUCCUGAAACUAGUCAUAAUUACAAACUGUAAAAAUCCCUCCUCCCCAGUGUAGACAUUUAAACCAGAGUAAGUGAUGGGGAGACAUUCUGUGAUCUCUGAAUGUGCCUUCCCCCUCACCAUGUGUUAAAACACAAAAGCCGAAAUUCCAUGGCAUCAUGAUUCCAUGGGGCUGGAGGGUAGGACCCCCUCCACAUCUAGAAGGGGAUCUGCUUUGGGCUCGGUCCCGUUAGCGAGUAGGGGACCCUUGCUGUGUGCUGAGAGGCUGCUAGGACUCACCCAGUUGGAAUUCUGGGCAGGCUCAAGAAGUCUAGAGCCACGUAAAAAACUGGUAGGCAUGAAUAUGCCAGGUAUUUGCCAACCUGUGUCUCCUUUUGCACCCCCCAAUCCAGAGUUUUCUUUCUUUUGACUAAAUUGGCUCCUGCAGGGGGAAGGGCAGAAAGCUAGGCCCUCUGCUCUGGGAAGUCGGCCUGAGGUUUCUGGCAAGUUAACUCUUAAAAUCGACACCUCUCAGCCCACCCUCCCCUUUGGCCUUCCUAGAAUCUCCUUCAGUGGUUGCUCUCCCACCUGUGCCAUAACAUCAACUUCCAUGACUUGGACUGGCACUUCCUUGACAAUCCCUGUUGGCAUCACACCGGCUACAAAUUAUGCUGUUUUCUAAAGAAUUUGAACUUUUUUCCUUCUUUUCUUGAAACAGGGUCUUGCUCUGUUGGCCAGGCUGGAAUACAGUGGCACAAUCAUAGCUCACUGCAGCCUCCAACUCCUGGGCUCAAGCAAUCCUCCCACCUCUGCCUCCGGAGUAGCCCAGAUGACAGGCGCACACCACCACGCCCAACUGAUUUUUUAAAUCUUCUUUUUGUAGAAACAGGAUCUUGCUAUAUUGCCCAAGCUGGUCUUUAACUUGGUCUCAAGCGAUCCUCCCACCUCAGCCUCCCAAAGUCCUGGGAUUACAGGCAUGAGCCACCAUGCCCAGCUGAAUUUGAGCUUUUUAAUAAUCUCAUUCCACAUAGCCUUAUAGAUCCUGUAAAUAGGGGGGUCACAAAAGUAAUAUAUUGUGUUAUGGAAGAUAAUUUUGUACUGUGCUGUUUCCUAAAUCACAACAAUAUCCUAAAGUCAUGCACUUCCCAGAUGAUCGUGAUCCUCAAAACGCUUUGUAAGUUGGGGUAGGGUGUGGAAAUACAUAUAUAUACACACAGACACACACACACAUAAGUAUAGUAUAUAUUUUCCUAACCUUUCUUCUGGGUCCUUCCUCAGAUCUUUGAGUCGCGAUAGAAAAGGAACUUGAGUUCUUUGUGUAGGAAAGUUAAGCUUCCUGCCUGCGGUGUUCUUGCAAUUGCCUUACGAAUUCACAAGCUCUAGGAGUUCUGAACGGAAGGCAGACAAGAGGCACUUUAUCCAAUCCCAGAAAGAAUCUCUACCCGUGGGACUGAGAAUUCAUCUAGAAAACCUUAUAUUUUUAAUGUAAAAAAAAAUGGGGCUUACCGGACCUCACAGAGUAUUGGAUGUCUACAAGUGCUUUUAUAUUUUGUAACUGUAAAGAGGUUUCAUAUGCACAGAAGAGCAGUUGGAAAUCUGGUCAACUGCAAUAAAACAAGAUGACCUUUGCAUGUACAAAGAUGUUGCAUUCAGACUAUGAAAAUAGCAAAUAAAGCUUUGGUGCAAGCUGCAUUGGAGAA